UCUAAGAUACAAAUCAUGUAAAUAAAUCUAUAUAUUUAAUAAAUAAAAGAAAAAUUAUUUAUAACACUAAUGUGUCUACUAAUAAAUAGUAGACACAUUAGUAGUAGUGGAUACAUUCAUGAUCUAAAUUUGAAGAAGAAAUAAACAACAAUGGCGGAUGAUAAGAAAAUAAAAUUUCUCAUGCACUACAGACAAAAUAAGAGAUCAGAAACAGUGCAUCCUAACGUUAAAAAAAGAAGAGAGAAGAAUUUCACAACGAAUAACUUUUUAAAAAAAAGUAUGAGUUUCUAUAAUGACGUUACAAUAAUUGUUCAUAGAAAGAAAAAAUGCAGAUUAUCUACAUAUGAUUCUAUGCAUCUCACGGCUACAUUUAAACGAAAAAGUACAUCUACAUGUUACUUAAACACAAGCCGUAAACAAAUACCAUUGAACUAUUCAGCUUCCCUUCAAACUUUAUCUUUUUGUAAUCAGAACAGCCGAAGGACUCGAUCUUCUCAGAACCCUUCACCUCAUUAUACUUUUACCAAAUGGGACGUUUAUCGGUGUCAAUUUAGUACACAAGAAGAGAGCUGCUGUUGUUCAUGUAAUUCAGAUGCUAUGUUUGAGGUCAUGAAAAGUCUAUACGAUUGUUAUAAGCAGAAAAAUUGUGAUAAUUGCAAUUGUAUACUUUGUGGACAUCUUCCUAGAGAAGAGCGACGUUUAGGUGAAUUGCGUAAAACUGGAAUUACUGAGUUAGGAGUUAAAGAAAAGAAGAAAGCCAAACGAAAAAUAAAAAGUAAAGAACUUUUAGCCAUCAAAAAAGCUAAAACUCCUGAAGAAAAGGAAGCAGCAUUAAAGAAACUAGUAUUAUCUGGUGUAGCCUUGCCAGAGCCAAAAACAACAUCGGAAAAAGACCUGAUUGAAAAAGUAAAAACACAACUAGCUAUGCCACCACAGCCGCGGAGUAAAUCAGAAAAGGAGUUAUACAAAAAAGCUGAAGCUGAAGGUCUCAUUACCCCUCUCGAGGGUAAAACUAAAUCACAAAAGCUCAAAAUUUUAGAAAAACAAAGAGAUCUGGGAUUAUCGUUGCCCGAAGGACGUACUCUAUCUGAAAAAGCGCUUAUAGAAAAGGUAAAAUCAUCUGGAGUAGCGUCAGUUGUUACAGAAGUACCAUCAGAAAAAUUACGUAAAGCUAAAAAAGAAGGUCUUUUAACUCCACUGGAAGGAAAAACACCACAGCAGAAAAAGGCAAUUCUUAAAGGCUUGGCCAUGAAUGGAAUUCCUUUACCUAAGGGGAAAUCUAACUCUGAACGUAACUUAAUUGAUCAAGUUCGAGAUGAACUUGGACUUCCUCCACAACCAAAAACAUUAGCGGAUAAAAAGAAAUAUAAAAGAGCUUUCAACGCAGGUAUAAUAACUCCGUUAGAAGGAAAAACUACUAGACAGAAAGAAGAUAUCCUAAGGAAACAGGCAGAAAUGGGUUUACCUCUACCCCAAGGAAGAACGCCAUCUGAGAAAUCUCUUAUUGCAAAGAUUAAAAAAACUACGAGGCCACUUUCGGAGAUUAGAGUUCCAUCAGAAAAAAUUAGAAAAGCUAAAGCUGAGGGAUUGUUGACACCUUUAAAAGGCAAAACAAAAGCACAGAAAGAAAAAAUUCUUCGGGGUUUAGCUAAAAAUGGAAUUCCCCUUCCUGAAGGGAAAACUGCGUCUGAAAAAAAAAUUAUUGAUAAAGUAAGAGCUGAUCUCGGAUUACCGCCGGAACCAAAAACUUCAGCCGAAAGAACUAAAUACAAACAAGCAUUCGAUUCUGGCAUAAUCACUCCAUUAGAAGGGAAAACGCCCCAACAGAAAGAAGACAUACUAAGGAGACAAGCUGAAAUUGGUUUACCUCUGCCCCAAGGCAGGACAGCAUCAGAAAAAGCCCUAAUAGCAGACAUUCAACGGACUGUAAGACCAACGUCGGCAAUAAGAAUCCCAUCGGCCAAAAUGAGAAAAGCAAAAGCUGAGGGUUUGUUAACACCCUUAAAGGGCAAGACAGCAGCACAAAGAGAAAAUAUACUUCGAGGUUUAGCUCAAAACGGUAUUCCCCUUCCUGAAGGGAAAACUGCGUCUGAAAAAAAAAUUAUUGAUAAAGUAAGAGCUGAUCUCGGAUUACCGCCGGAACCAAAAACAUCAGCCGAAAGAACUAAAUACAAAAAAGCAUUCGAUUCUGGCAUAAUCACUCCAUUAGAAGGGAAAACGCCCCAACAGAAAGAAGACAUACUAAGGAGACAAGCUGAAAUUGGUUUACCUCUGCCCCAAGGCAGGACAGCAUCAGAAAAAGCCCUAAUAGCAGACAUUCAACGGACUGUAAGACCAACGUCGGCAAUAAGAGUCCCAUCGGCCAAAAUGAGAAAAGCAAAAGCUGAGGGUUUGUUAACACCCUUAAAGGGCAAGACAGCAGCACAAAGAGAAAAUAUUCUUCGAGGUUUAGCUCAAAACGGUAUUCCCCUUCCUGAAGGGAAAACUGCGUCUGAAAAAAAAAUUAUUGAUAAAGUAAGAGCUGAUCUCGGAUUACCGCCGGAACCAAAAACAUCAGCCGAAAGAACUAAAUACAAAAAAGCAUUCGAUUCUGGCAUAAUCACUCCAUUAGAAGGGAAAACGCCCCAACAGAAAGAAGACAUACUAAGGAGACAAGCUGAAAUGGGUUUACCUCUGCCCCAAGGCAGGACAGCAUCAGAAAAAGCCCUAAUAGCAGACAUUCAACGGACUGUAAGACCAAUGUCGGCAAUAAGAGUCCCAUCGGCCAAAAUGAGAAAAGCAAAAGCUGAGGGUUUGUUAACACCUUUAAAGGGCAAGUCAGCAGAACAAAGAGAAAAUAUUCUUCGAGGUUUAGCUCAAAACGGUAUUCCCCUUCCUGAAGGGAAAACUGCGUCUGAAAAAAAAAUUAUUGAUAAAGUAAGAGCUGAUCUCGGAUUACCGCCGGAACCAAAAACUUCAGCCGAAAGAACUAAAUACAAACAAGCAUUCGAUUCUGGCAUAAUCACUCCAUUAGAAGGGAAAACGCCCCAACAGAAAGAAGACAUACUAAGGAGACAAGCUGAAAUGGGUUUACCUCUGCCCCAAGGCAGGACAGCAUCAGAAAAAGCCCUAAUAGCAGACAUUCAACGGACUGUAAGACCAACGUCGGCAAUAAGAGUCCCAUCGGCCAAAAUGAGAAAAGCAAAAGCUGAGGGUUUGUUAACACCCUUAAAGGGCAAGACAGCAGCACAAAGAGAAAAUAUUCUUCGAGGUUUAGCUCAAAACGGUAUUCCCCUUCCUGAAGGGAAAACUGCGUCUGAAAAAAAAAUUAUUGAUAAAGUAAGAGCUGAUCUCGGAUUACCGCCGGAACCAAAAACAUCAGCCGAAAGAACUAAAUACAAAAAAGCAUUCGAUUCUGGCAUAAUCACUCCAUUAGAAGGGAAAACGCCCCAACAGAAAGAAGACAUACUAAGGAGACAAGCUGAAAUGGGUUUACCUCUGCCCCAAGGCAGGACAGCAUCAGAAAAAGCCCUAAUAGCAGACAUUCAACGGACUGUAACACCAACGUCGGCAAUAAGAGUCCCAUCGGCCAAAAUGAAAAAAGCAAAAGCUGAGGGUUUGUUAACACCCUUAAAGGGCAAGACAGCAGCUCAAAGAGAAAAUAUUCUUCGAGGUUUAGCUCAAAACGGUAUUCCCCUUCCUGAAGGGAAAACUGCGUCUGAAAAAAAAAUUAUUGAUAAAGUAAGAGCUGAUCUCGGAUUACCGCCGGAACCAAAAACUUCAGCCGAAAGAACUAAAUACAAAAAAGCAUUCGAUUCUGGCAUAAUCACUCCAUUAGAAGGGAAAACGCCCCAACAGAAAGAAGACAUACUAAGGAGACAAGCUGAAAUGGGUUUACCUCUGCCCCAAGGCAGGACAGCAUCAGAAAAAGCCCUAAUAGCAGACAUUCAACGGACUGUAAGACCAACGUCGGCAAUAAGAGUCCCAUCGGCCAAAAUGAGAAAAGCAAAAGCUGAGGGUUUGUUAACACCCUUAAAGGGCAAGACAGCAGCACAAAGAGAAAAUAUUCUUCGAGGUUUAGCUCAAAACGGUAUUCCCCUUCCUGAAGGGAAAACUGCGUCUGAAAAAAAAAUUAUUGAUAAAGUAAGAGCUGAUCUCGGAUUACCACCGGAACCAAAAACUUCAGCCGAAAGAACUAAAUACAAACAAGCAUUCGAUUCUGGCAUAAUCACUCCAUUAGAAGGGAAAACGCCCCAACAGAAAAAAGACAUACUAAGGAGACAAGCUGAAAUUGGUUUACCUCUGCCUCAAGGCAGAACAGCAUCAGAAAAGGCCCUUAUAGCAGACAUUCAACAGACUGUAAGACCACCGUCAGCGAUAAGAGUCCCAUCGGCCAAACUGAGAAAAGCAAAGGCUGAGGGUUUGUUAACACCUUUAAAGGGCAAGACAGCAGAACAGAAAGAAAAUAUUCUUCGAGGUUUAGCUCAGAACGGUAUUCCCCUACCUGAAGCCAAAACCAAAUCUGAAAGAAAAAUAAUAGACAAGGUAAGAGCUGAUCUUGGCUUACCUCCCGAACCUAAAACUUCAGGUGAAAAAAGCGCAUACAAAAAAGCUUUAGUAGCAGGUAUAAUAACACCAUUAGAAGGGAAAACGCCCCAAGAGAAAGAAGACAUACUAAGAAAACAAGCGGAAAUGGGAGUUCUCCUCCCACAAGGACGCACGCCUUCUGAAAAAGCUAUCAUAGCUAAAAUUCAGCAAACCGUUAAGCCACAUCCAGAAUUAGAAGAAGCUUUUCCAACAGGGAAUCUAGCAGAAAAAGAGAAAGCUUUAAAAAAUCUAGUAGCACAAGGCAAAAAUUUGCCAGCUGCAAAAACACCUUCAGAAGAAAAAAUACUAAAUAAAGUUCGACGUGAUCUAGGUUUACCCCCUGAACCAAAAUCUCGAUCGGAAAGGGAACGAUAUAACCAAGCAAUGGCAGCAGGUAUAAUAGAUCCUUUGGAUGGUAAAACAAAGCCCCAGAAAGAGAGAAUUCUUCAAGCGCAAGCUGACAUGGGUAUUCCUUUACCGGUAGGUCGAACAGCAUCAGAAAAGGCUUUAAUUAAAGACAUUAAAUCCGGUAAAAGAAAGCGAGCAAAAUUAUUACCACCAGAAGAGGUAAAAAAAUUAGAAACAAAAACAGCUAAAAAAAUGAAGGAAGGUAAAGGGCCCAGCGAUGAAUGUAUAUGUGAUAUACUUACACCGGAAACAGAAAAAAUUGCUAUUAAGUCACGCGUGCCAUCAGAAAAAAUUCGUAAGGCUAAAGAAGCUGGCCUACUGACGCCACUUGAAGGUAAAUCUGCAAAGGAUAAGGAGAGGAUACUUAAAAGUUUGGCUAAAGAAGGACUACCAUUACCUGAACCAAAAACUGUGUCUGAAAAAAAAUUAAUAGAUAAAAUAAAAACAGAAAUGGGUAUACCUGUUACAGCAAUUACUUCGGAAAAAUUGCGUAAAGCAAAAGCAGCGGGCUUAAUGACCCCUUUAACAGGUAAGUCAGCAAAAGAAAAAGAAAGAAUAGUUAGAAGCUUAGCAAAAGAAGGACUUCCGUUACCAGAACCAAAAACUGCGUCUGAGAAGAAGUUAAUAGACAAAGUGAAAACAGAAAUGGGUAUGCCCCCAGCAGUCCCUUCUGAAAAACUGCAAAAAGCCAAAGAAGCUGGCCUACUAACACCCCUGAAAGGUAAAACUACAAAAGAACAAGAGAGGAUUUUAAAAGGUUUGUUAAAAGAAGGAUUACCCUUACCUGAGGCAAAGACUGCAUCGGAAAAAAGACUUAUAACAAAAGUAAAAAAAGAUUUGGGUAUUCCUAUAAGUGGGAUAACAUCCGAAAGGCUUCGGAAAGCGAAAGCAGCAGGUUUAAUAACUCCUUUAGACGGUAAAUCAAAAGCUCACAAAGAAAAAAUAUUACGAGGAAGAGUUGCAGCGGGUUUGCCACUACCGGAAGGAGUAACUGCGUCAGAUAAAGAAUUAAUAAAGAAAAUAAAAGCGGAAACUGGAUACAUAACACCACUUCCUUCUAAAAGUAAAUCAAUGGUAGCAAAAAUUCCAUCAGAAAAAUUAAAAGCUGCAAAAGCAGCUGGACUUUUAACUCCACUACAUGGGAAAACUGAUUCUCAAAAAGAGAAAAUCUUAAAGGGUUUAGCAUUACAUGGCAUCCCUCUUCCUAAAGGAGAAACACCUUCAGAACGAAAGAUUAUUGCUAAAGUGCGUAAAGAUUUAGGUCUUCCAUCAGAGCCUCAAACACCAUCGUUAAAAGAAAAAUUUCGUCUAGCACACGAAAUGGGUAUUAUGACUCCUCUUGAAGGAAAGACACCAUCACAAAAAGAAAGAAUCUUAAGAAAACAAGCUGAAAUGGGAAUUCCCCUACCAGAAGGUAGAACAGCAUCUGAAAAAGAGCUUAUUAAGAAAGUAAAGUCAACAACAGUUAGACCAAUACCUUCUGAAAAGUUACGCAAAGCCAAAGAAGCGGGAUUAAUUACACCACUUCAAGGAAAAUCCCAAAAAGAAAAGGAAAGGAUAUUGAAGGGAUUAGCGAAAGCUGGUUUACCAUUACCUGAAGGAAAGACGGCAUCGGAAAAGCAAUUAAUUAAAACAGUAAAAGCAGAUAUGGGCAUACCUCUAGGCGGAAUAUCAUCAAGUAAACUUCGUAAAGCAUUGGCGGAAGGUUUAAUUACACCUUUUGAAGGAAAGUCCCCAGCCCAAAAAGAAAAACUAUUAAAAGGAAGAGUACAAGCAGGAUUACCUUUACCUGAAGGUGUUUCACCAUCGGAUAAGGCUCUAAUUAAAAAAAUUAAAGCUGAAACAGGAUAUGUGACACCCCGGACAGAAAAAUUAAAACGUGUAAGCGAAGUAGCUUUCCCGAAAGGACCUUCAGCCGAAAGAGAAAGGGCUUUAAAAAACUUAGUUAUGCAAGGAAAACGUUUACCAGAAGCAAAAACACCUUCUGAAGAAAAAAUACUGAAUAAAGUUACACGUGAUCUAGGUUUACCACCCGUACCCAAAUCGCAAGUAGAAAGAGAUAAUUAUAACCAAGCAAUAGCCGCAGGUGCCAUAGUACCAUUGGAAGGUAAAACAAAGCCCCAAAAGGAAAAAAUUCUACAAACCCAAGCCGAUAUGGGAAUUCCAUUACCAGAAGGCCGAACAGCAUCAGAGAAGGCUUUAAUUAGAGACAUUAAAUCCGGUAAAAGAAAGCGAGAAAAAUUAUUACCACCAGAAGAGGUAAAAAAAUUAGAAACAAAAACAGCUAAAAAAAUGAAGGAAGGAAAAGGGCCCAGCGAUGAAUGUAUAUGUGAUAUACUUACACCGGAAACAGAAAAAAUUGCUAUUAAGUCACGCGUGCCAUCAGAAAAAAUUCGUAAGGCUAAAGAAGCUGGCCUACUGACGCCACUUGAAGGUAAAUCUGCAAAGGAUAAGGAGAGGAUACUUAAAAGUUUGGCUAAAGAAGGACUACCAUUACCUGAACCAAAAACUGUGUCUGAAAAAAAAUUAAUAGAUAAAAUAAAAACAGAAAUGGGUAUACCUGUUACAGCAAUUACUUCGGAAAAAUUGCGUAAAGCACGAGCUGCUGGAUUAUUAACUCCAAUAACAGGAAAAUCAGAUGCGGAAAAAGAAAGAAUUUUAACAGGAUUAGCUAAAAAUGGAAUUCCAUUGCCAAAGGCACAAACGUCAUCUGAAAGAAAAAUAAUAGAAAAAGUACGAAAGGAUCUCGGCUUACCGCCAGAACCAAAAACAUCAUCUAUAAGACAAAAAUAUAAUCAAGCCCAUGAAGCUGGUAUAAUAACUCCACUUGAAGGAAAAACCAUGGCUCAGAAAGAAAAUAUUUUAACUGAACAAGCUAAAAUGGGAUUACCUCUACCAGAAGGGCGUACGCCGUCUGAAAAAGAUCUGAUUAAUCGAAUUCGUAAAAGUGUGCCAAAGAAGAAAUCUGAAAUAAUUGGGGAAAUAGGCGGAAUCCCAAUUACAGCUUCUAAAAGGGAAGCUUUCCAGAAAGCGAAAAAGGAGGGCUUAUUAACGCCUUUAAAGGGAAAGUCAAUCGCUGAAAAAGAAAAAAUUGUUAGAGGGUUAGCGGAGGCUGGUUUACCUUUACCGGAAGGAAAAACACCAUCGGAAAAAGUGUUGAUACAAAAAGUUCGCACUGCUUUGGGCCUUCCUCCUGAACCCACACCUUCUGAAAGACAAGGUAAAAUUAAAACAAAAUCAAAGAAAAUUGGUGCGGACAGAGCUAAAAUGAGUGAAGUAGCAAUUGGUGUUGGUAAAUCUAAAAUAGGCAUAAAAGAAGAGUUUCAGGAUAUUAUAAAAACCACUACUUGUGACCGUGGUUGUGGUUGUGACCGAAAAAAAAUAAGAUUUAAACAUAGUUAUGUGAAAAUACGAGUUACAUCUCCAGAUAUAUCAUCCUUAUGUCCUUGUCCUAACGAAUGUGUACCAGGAGUAAAAGGCGGUGUAUUCACUGAUAAUGAAGGUAUAAAAGUCACAGUAGGUCAAGUAAGCGCAGCACCUUCAUUUGCUUCCAAAGAAUAUAUUAAGACUGACAGUACUAAAUUGGAGAUUAAAUACCACAACGACAAAGCUAAAUUUUCUUCUAUUUCAAGUGAAUCAAUCAAAAUCAAAUCAAAAAAUGAAUUAAAACACACUAACGGUUAUAGUGAAAGCUUAAGUGAAACUUAUAUUUUUAUUCAAUCAUCGGAUGACUCAAAUGAUUCAAAACUAAGUAUUGAUAUAUCAACAGUUAUAGGUGCUUUUGAGUCCACACUUUUUUCUUCGUCUUCUAAUAAAAGCAUACUUUCAAAAUCAAUAAGCAUUAUAUCCAUCACAGUCUCGAAUUGUUCAUCAAAUUCUGCGUAUUUAAUUGAAAGAACUUUGGACUAUUCUUCACAAUCAAAUGAAAGUAUAACAGACUUGGACAUUAUUGAUCAAGUGGAACAUUAUGGGAUUGCAAGAAUGCAUUCCACGACGUUCGACAUUGAUUUGGGUACCGACAUAAUAUCCGAUAACAUUCUAAAUGACCAUCCAACAAUACUGAGAUUAUCUACUAUAAAUAAUAUUUAUAAUUGCGAUUGUAAGACGACUCAUCCCAAUUUAGCGAGCAUAAUAAGUAAAAUAUUAUCGCAGGAAGCUUUAAGUGAAAAUUCAUCGCUUUAUGUUCUUCUUCCAACAUCAUCUGAAAACAGUUCUACCCAUUUAUAUUGCAACAAGAAAGUUAGUUCAACAAUUUGCAUUCAGCUUUCCGAAAAACCUUUAACCUGCAAGGGAUGUUUUGAUACUAGCUACCAUAGUGAAUUCCUACAAAGUAAACAGAAAAAAUUACAUGGCUUUAAGAUAUCUGCAAAAGGUAGAAACAAAUUAACUGAAAGGCACAGAGUUCCGGGAGAACUAGUAACCAUUAAGCCAGAUGGACUUAAGAUGAAGGGAUGUAUAGAAAUUUGUACUGACACUACAGAAGAUCGGCCCUGUUGUUGUGAUGUUGUUAAUGAAAAGUCUGCACAAAAAACAGAAAUGACAAAUGUAAUAUCAGAUUUAGUGAUUCCUUUCAUCAAUAAUGAUGCCUUAUCACAAGGGUUAAAUCGUGAAAAUUAUGAAUGCUGUCAUGAAAUUUCAAGAAAGAAGGAUAUCUCUUACAGAACAAAAAACUUGGGUCCUAAUCAAACACCAGUACGACUUUGUAAAACACCAUCUUGUGGCAAUUUUUCUGCACCUACUACACAACAUAUACGAAAUUCGCCAUCUAAUUCAAAUUUAAAUCAAACACCAACUUCUAGUAAACAAUGCGAAUGCAAUUUUGAACAACUUAAAGAAAUUAUAGAAAAACUUGGAAGAGAUCUUAUCUCAAAGUCUUGUGGUACUUCCACUGAAAGAAUUGACACUAAAGUGGCCAAACCAGUGAAAAACGCAAACCUUCAACCGUCAUCUAAAAGCCACGAUUGCAUAUCCUGUGGUUCUUUCAGUAAAGAAGAUCUAAAAAGCCAAUGUCCUUGUGAGCGACACGCAUCAAAAAGUAAACAUUUGGAAAAUCUUAUACCACCAAGACCCAUCAAUGAAAUUAACUCCAACGCUGACAUUAAUGAGAAGAAAAAAAACAAAAAGAAAGAUAAAAAACAUAUUUGUGAAUGUCCUCAAGUACCUCAGGGAGAAUUCGACCCAAUGGUCUUGAUUGAUGAAGACUAUAUAAGAAGAAUGAAAUCAGCUUUAACUCAAAACAUGUCUGGAUUCAAAAUAAUUAGCGUACCAAAAGUGCCUGAACCAGAAAUGAGUUUUGAAGAAGCUCUAAGUUACGUUAUACAAAGUGACCAAGAUAAAUAUGGAAAACUCUUUUGUCUAUGUCACGAAAAACAUGGACAAAAGAAAAAAGCAGAUUGUGAAUGCCCUCCUGACGUGGUGCCUGAAAAGAGCCUCGAAGAACUUAAAGGAAUUAAACUUCACAUAGGUGGUAAGGGUUCUUCUUCAAAAGGUUUAAGUGGUAUAUUAUGUUUUCAACUCAUAGAUGACUAAAAUUUCAUAUUAUGUUUAAGUUCUAUUGUCCGCCAUCGUGUUCACGUUUACUACACUUGUUCUGUUGUGUUAAUCCUAAAUUAUUCUAACAUGCUACAUUAUUAAUAAAA